AUGUACUGGCCGAUAGCAACUCCGCGCAUCUAUGCUACGAGCAGCAGCCAGAGCCCCAGCAUCAGGCUUACCGAGUCCGACGAUGGCAUCCAGCAUCAGCCUCAACCUCAGCACCAGCCUCAGCCUCCGGAUCCCACAGGGCCCUGCAUCGGCCUUGGACUCGGUCCCGAAGUCGCCACGUCCCCUCCCAAGGGAGCUCUCCAUCCCCGCGUAGCCGUUGCCGGUGGCCCUGGCGUUGGCGACGAUGAUCGGCUCAACCCCCCUCAGGUCCCUACGACUCCCGUAACGCCCCUUACACCUGCUCUCCAAUCCGUCGAUGACGGUGAAGAGGCCGGCCGAUUCCCCUCCCAGACUUCCAGGGUCGUCACCAGCAGGGUCCCCGUCAAGGAUCCCGUCUUGGCCCUCCGUGUGUCCAGGUCUGGCCACAUCUUUGCCGUCAUCACCACCACAUCCAUUACCGUCUGGCAGACAAAGCCGACCGUAGUCCUCGCCGUCGUCGUACGUUCCCAAUCCUCCCUCCACCUGUACGGCGAAAAUGUCGACCUCUUCCUCCGCCCGGACUCGGCCAUCCUCGUCGUCCACACGAGCCACGGCUUCCUCAUCACCUACUCGAUAGCCACAGACGGCGAGUCCCGCGUCUACAGGCCCAACUUCACAAACUACCACAACGUCCAGCGCCGGAGACAGUGCCUCGUGCCCGGCCAGCAGGGCCUGGCGCCCGACGAUUUCCUCUGGGGCCCGGGGGAAGGUUCGGGCAUCCGGGACAUCAGCGUACGCUUCCGCAUGGUCAUCAAGGUCGACGCCGGUAUUGAGUGUGCCCUCGCCCUCGACGACGAGCUGAUUGUCGCCACGACGAAGCCCGCCGCCGUCCAGUGCAUCCGCUGGAGCCCCGACAGCAGCGGGAGCCAGACCAGGACCGAGAUCAUCAGCCGCACGGGCUGGGUCGAGAAGAAGGCAACCAUUCUCGAGAUGACCCAUGACCGCCCCAUGAACCUGCACACCUGGAUCACCAGCGACGGACGCGCAUACGCCGUCCAGAGGUGCCGCCCCCCGCAGGACCCGGACAAGGUCACCGAGGCCGACGCCAAGCGGCUCUUCAAGGGUCACUGCUUCCACGUGCCCAAGGAUGCCUCGUCAAAUGCCUCUCGAGCCAUCAUCAAUGCGAGAUUCUCCCUCAUCGCCGUCGGCUGCUGCGACGGCAGCGUCCAGGUCUACACGGUCAGGGACUACGAGGGCCACGUCCCGUUUUCCCACACGCACCACAUCCCCACGUCGGCCUCUUCCUCGGGCUCAUUCACGACGCUGAGCUACUCCCCUGACGGAUAUAGCCUAUUCGCCGGAUUCGAAAAGGGCUGGUCCACGUGGUCCAUGUUUGGGAAGCUCGGCACUAACAGCUUCUCGGCGGAGGAGAGGCUGUCGACCAACAACGGCGAGGAGUGGCUACGCGGCAUCCGGGGCGCGUCAUGGAUAGGGAGCGGCUCCGAGAUUCUCAUGAUUGGCCCGAAGCACGAGGCCAUCUGGUCUCUCGAGAUGGCCAAGAGCGCCGUGGCGGGGUGCUACAAUGAGGCCAACGUGCUGCGCACCGUCCUCCAGACCCCUACGAGUGUCAUGGUCUACCGGGGCUACGACCUGCCCGACCUGACCAGCAUCUCGGCCGAGCCCUUCCUGUGGCAUACGACCAAGAUCCCCGCCACAUACCUCCUGCGGCAGUGGCCUAUCAAGCAGACGGUCAUAUCCCCCGACGGACGGUACGUCGCCGUCGCAGGACGCCGCGGGCUAGCACACUACAGCGUCAACAGCGGGCGUUGGAAGACAUUUGCCAACGACGGCAUGGAGGACGAGUUCCAGGUCCGGGGCGGCAUGUGCUGGUACCAGCACAUCCUCGUGGCGGCCGUGGAGAGCAAUCGGACCUACGAGGUGCGCCUCUUCUCACGCGAGUCGGCCCUAGACGCCUCCCAGGUACUCCACCGGGAACGCAUCUCUGCCCCCGUGGUUCUCAUCACCAUCUCGGGCGAGGACUCCCUCCUGGUCUACACCUACGAGAACCUGCUGUACCACUACAUCUUCACACCCUACCACGGGACGAUGCGCCUAGUCCAGGUGGGCCAGAUUGCCUUCCACGGCAUCGUCCGAUCCCCCGCGCGCGUGCGCGCCCUCAGCUGGGUCCUCCCCGAGAGUCAGCUCGUCGACGGCGACCCGUCGCAGGACGUGGCCGUCGCGUCGGUCAUCUUCCUUGUCGACGGGAAGCUCGUACUCCUGCGGCCCUCGCUCAACGAGCAGGGCCAGCUGAAGUAUGACAUGCGCGUCAUCGCGCAGAACGUCGAGUACUACGCCAGCAUGCGGGACCAGCCCCUCCUCAACAUCGGCCAGCAGGGUGGCGUGGUGGACAGGAAGAGCGGCUCAUCUUCCUCGUCCCUCCCCUCGCGCGCGGGAGCUCUGCGGGAAUCGCUGUGGGUCUUCGACGGCAUGGAGCUCAAGGCUUGGACCCGCCUCGACGAUGUGCUCGACGCCGUGUCCGGGGAGCAGCAGGCCAAAGAAUUGCCACCUGCCGUGUCGGUGCCCGUCGACUUCUACCCGCUGUCCAUCCUGCUGACAAAGGGGGUUGUGCUGGGUGUUGAGUCGGAUCUUGUGCAGCGGCGGGAUGUGACGUUUUCCUUCUUCCACUUCGCUAUCAGGACUCAUCUCGUACUGCCCGACAUACUGCGAUUCUACCUGCAACAAAAGCGAAUCGAGGAGGCAACCAAGCUGUCGCAGGAGUACAAAGACCUCGAGUACCUGCCCCACGCGCUGGAGAUGCUCCUGCACACGGUCCUGGACGAGGAGGCCGAUACGUCCCCACCGCCAGAAGAAGCCGUCCUGCCCAGGGUACUAUCUCUCCUGUCGACCUUCAAGGAGUAUCUGGACGUGGUGCUCCAGUGCACGCGCAAGACGGAGGCCCGGCAGUGGAAGACACUGUUCGCGUAUCUGCCCCCAGCGCAGGAGCUGUUCGAAGAGUCCCUGCAGCGGGGGUCCCUCAAGACGGCGGGCGGGUACCUCAUCGUGCUGCAAACGCUGGACGAGCUGGACGCCACGGCCGAGCAGCCGGUGCGCCUCUUGACCCGGGCCAUGAACGAAGGAGACUGGGAUCUGUGCAAGGAGCUGGCACGGUUCCUGGUCGCUAUGGACAACACGGGAGAGGUUCUCCGCGAGGUCAUGGACAUGGCUAACGCGUCCUUCAAGGCAGCCAACAAGGAUGGGCGGCUGGAUCACGACAGUACGAUCAGCAGGCUGGAGAUUCCGUCGGCUAGGAUGGCGCGCUGGACCAGGCACAACGGUGGUGGAGGCAGCGGCGCCGGUAGUACCACGGGAACGAGCGAUGAGGAGACGGAUAGACGGUCUGCCAGUGACGGCGUCAGUCUGAGCUCGUCGACUAACACGCUGGGGUGA